GAGGAGGAGGAGCAGAGAGAGAGACGAGCAGCGACUUCCUGUCACAGUCGUACCCCGCUGCCAGGCUGCCUCUUCGGGAGGCUUGUGGUGCUGCACACCGGGGAGGAAGGAAGGAGCAGCUUCUGCGGGUGCUGUGUGGCUCUGAGAGGGCUCCAGGACCCAGAACCGGAACCGGAGGAGCGUGAAACAUCAGCAGCCACAGCAGCAGGAACCCACUAUACAUGCGGGCGGGCUGCUGUCUCCACCGGCGGCUCCAGCUCCUGCUUCCCCGCCUCCCCGCGACCCCGAGCGGCCGCUUCAGCUCGGCAGCGUCGCCGCUCACAGCGUCAGUGGAGCGGGGUUCAUGUCCCUGGUGCUCGGCUUGGCCUUAAUCACAACCACCCGCCUGUGUGUUUGCUAGGAGGCUAACACAGAUUGAUCAGAGCAGGGAAGUCGAAGGCUUGGGCGGAGAGAGGCGCAGAAGGAGGCCGGCUCGCGGCGCAGCAUCGCCCCGUGUAUGGUGCUGCUCUGACGGAGGGAGCGGAGGAGCAGCAGCCGGAGCUGCUGACCCAGAGAUGGCUGUCCUCAAACUGGCCGAGCAGCCUCCUCUCAUCCAGGCGAUCUUCAGUGGAGAUCCUGAGGAAAUCCGGAUGCUCAUAUACAAAUCUGAAGACAUCAAUGCACUGGAUGCAGAGAAGAGGACGCCGCUGCAUGCGGCAGCUUUCCUGGGUGACGCUGAGAUCACCGAGCUCCUCAUCCUCUCUGGAGCGAGGGUUAACGCCAAAGAUAAUAUGUGGCUCACGCCUCUGCACCGCGCCGUGGCAUCUCGGAGUGAAGACGCAGUGCGAGUGUUGAUCCGUCACUCGGCCGACGUCAACGCGCGGGACAAGAACUGGCAGACGCCGCUUCACGUCGCCGCCGCCAACAACGCGCUGCGGUGCGCCGAGGUCAUCAUCCCGCUGCUAAGCAGCGUCAACGUGUCGGACCGCGGCGGACGCACGGCUCUGCACCACGCUGCCCUCAAUGGCCACACCGAGAUGGUGAACCUGCUCCUCAACAAAGGAGCAAACAUCAACGCGUUUGACAAGAAGGACGGACGAGCUCUGCACUGGGCUGCGUUCAUGGGUCACCUGGAUGUGGUUUGUCUGCUGGUGAGUCAGGGGGCGGAGAUCAGCUGCAAAGACAAACGGGGAUACACGCCCCUCCACACGGCGGCCUCUAGUGGACAGAUAGCCGUGGUCAAACAUCUGCUGAACCUGGCUGUGGAGAUCGAUGAGUCGAACGCCUUUGGGAACACGGCGCUCCACGUGGCGUGUUUUAACGGCCAGGACGCCAUCGUCAGCGAGCUCAUCGAUUACGGCGCCAACGUCAGUCAGCCCAACAACAAGGGCUUCACGCCGCUGCACUUUGCCGCCGCCUCCACGCACGGAGCGCUGUGUCUGGAGUUCCUGGUCAACAAUGGCGCGGACGUUAACGUGCAGAGUCGGGACGGGAAGAGUCCUCUCCACAUGACGGCGGUUCACGGACGCUUCACGCGUUCGCAGACGCUCAUACAGAACGGCGGAGAGAUCGACAGCGUGGACAAAGACGGAAACACGCCUCUUCACAUCGCCGCUCGCUACGGUCACGAGCUCCUCAUCAACACGCUCAUCACCAGUGGAGCAGACUGCACACGACGCGGCGUUCACGGCAUGUUUCCUCUUCACCUCGCUGCUCUCAACGCUCACUCCGACUGCUGCCGGAAACUGCUGUCCUCAGGCUUCCAGAUCGACACUCCGGACAGUCUGGGCAGAACGUGUCUGCACGCCGCCGCCGCCGGAGGGAACGUGGAGUGUGUGAAGCUGCUGCUGAGCAGUGGAGGAGAUCACAACAGGAGAGACACCUGCGGCAGGACGGCUCUUCACUACGCUGCAGCCAGUCGUCACUUCCAGUGUCUGGAGACUUUAGUCGGCUGUGGCACCGCCAUCAACGCCACUGACCAGUGGGGGCGCUGUGCUCUGCACUACGCUGCUGCCUCGGACCUGGACAGGAGACGUCGUGUUGCUCUGGAGCCAGAGAGUGAAGGAGUUCAGGCGGAGAGAGAGAAGGAGGCGGGGCUGUGUUUGGAGUUCCUGCUGCAGAGCGGAGCCACGUCCACGCUCAAAGACAAACAGGGUUACAGUCCCGUCCACUACGCCGCCGCGUACGGACACAGACACUGUCUGGAACUGCUGCUGGAUAGAGACAACAGUUGCCAUGACGACCCUGAGUCUCCGAACGCCAGGAGUCCGCUGCACCUCGCCGCGUAUCACGGCCACGCCCAGGCUCUAGAGGUCCUGCUGCAGGGACAGAGGGACGUGGACCAGGGGGACGAAGUGGGCCGGACUCCCCUGGCUCUGGCCGCGCUGCGUGGCCACGCCGACUGCGUCCACACCCUCCUCAGCCAGGGGGCGUCACCGCGCAGCACCGACACGCAGCAUGGACGCAGCCCCGCCCACCUGGCAGUGAUGAACGGUCACACGACGUGCGUGCGCCUCCUGCUGGACGAGUCGGACAGCGCAGACCUCGUAGACGCAGCUGACUCUCAGGGACAGACGCCUCUGAUGUUGGCGGUGGCGGGCGGACAUGUGGACGCCGUGUCGCUGCUGCUGGAGCGAGACGCCAACGUCAACAUGGCCGACAACCACGGCCUCACUGCGCUGCACCUCGGCCUGCUGUGCGGUCAGGAGGAGUGCAUCCAGUGUCUGCUGGAGCAGGAAGCGUCCAUCCUGCUGGGAGACUCGUGGGGUCGCACCGCCAUCCACCUGGCCGCGUCCCGGGGACACGCCUCCUGGCUGAGCGAGCUGCUGAGCAUCGCCUGCUCGGAGCCGCCGUCGCCGCCGCCGCUGAGAGACAACAGUGGAUACACGCCGCUGCACUGGGCCUGUUACUACGGUCAGGAGGGCUGUGUGGAGGUCCUGCUGGAGCAGAAAGGUUGUCGCUGUAUUGAUGGAAACCCCUUCACACCUCUGCACUGCGCUGUAGUCAACGAUCACGAGACGUGUGCGUCUCUGCUGCUGGAGGCCAUGGGCUCAGACAUCGCAGGCUGUAAGGACGCCAAGGACAGGACGCCGCUUCACGCCGCAGCCUUCGCGGGACACGUCGACUGCGUCCAGCUGCUCCUGUCGCACGACACGGCCGUGGAUGACGUGGACCAAUCGGGUCGCACGGCGCUGAUGAUGGCGGCCGAGAAGGGCAGAGUCGGAGUUCUCGAGGUGCUGUUGACCAGCGCCAACCUCACGAUGACGGACAAAGACGGAAACACAGCGCUACAUCUAUCAUGUAGUAACGGAAAAGAAGACUGUGUGUUGUUGAUUCUGGAGAAAAUGUCCGACACGACGCUCAUCAACGCCACAAACGCAGCUCUGCAGACACCUUUGCACCUGGCGGCGCGCAGCGGCCUGAAGAGGGCGGUGCAGGAGCUUCUGUCUCGAGGAGCUAACGUUCAGACAGUGGACGAGAACGGUCUGACUCCUGCUCUGGCUUGCGCUCCAAGCAGAGAGGUGGCCGACUGUCUGGCUCUCAUUCUGGCUACCAUGAUGCCUUUCUGCUCCCCUUGCAGCUCCGGGGCCCCGUCCCCAGGCUCCCUGCUGAGGCAGCUGCACAACCCGGGGGCCAAAGUGCCCCCCCCAGCCAUCCGCCGGGGCCCACGCAGCCCCAGGAACCCGUCCAGACCCUCGAGCGAGGGAACGACAGAGAACGACUCGGAGGAUUCGGAGACUUUCUGACGCUCUCUCUCCUCUGACCUCUGACCUCCAAAUGAACCUCUCUUCUUUUCUUUUUUUUAUUUCCCACCAUGACUCAGCGGUUUUAUGUCUGCAGUUACGGAGCGACACCUUCAAUAUUUAACAGAAUAUACGCGAAUAAUCCCGAGAAUACACCUGCUGGUGAAAACACUGUAAAAUGACCUAUUUUACGUAAUUUAGAAGUUUAAGAAAAAUCACUUUUACGACCAACAACUAAAACUCGCUCAAAUCACGUUGGACGAUUUUAACACGUAGUUGCAAGAGAAAAGAUUUAUGGUGACCUGAAGCUCCGCCCACAUUGGCCCACACUUUGUCGCAUUUAUUUGUCUCUUUUAGGCUAAUUUUCCCUUUUUGUUUGCGUAGAAUUUGUUACCAAUGCUGGUUUCUGCUGACUGGAUGUACGUACUUGCAGCUAAUUUAGUAGAACAGCCAAUAGGAGGCGCCCUUGCUCUCUGAGCUGCUCUGUGAUUGGUUACAUUCUCCUGUCACAGGAAAAGGUGGGAGGUGCACAAGUCACAUGAGAUGCGUUACAAUAAAAAGCACAUUUUUUUUAUUAUUGAUCAAUUAGGCAAAAAAAGUUGAUCUAAAUUAAUUAUUAAAACAAUCGUUUGAAUUAAAUAUCUAAAUAUGUGCGGGAAAUAAAUAAUAAAUAAGAAAAAAUAAUGUAAAUGUAGGAUUUAAAGCUAUUCAUGUGAUCAUUGACGUUUCCUGUGUUGAAUAUUGAAGGUUUGUCCAGAUUCUUCCUCCAAUCACUGCCACGUUUUUCAUCUUAGUUUCGUUUUCACGGAAGAAAAACAAACGAACGUCGGAGCUGGUGCACGACUGACUCUGAACGACUCUGAUCCCAGACCCGUUGUGGUUUCUUCACGUCAGCAUGUUUUAAAUCCACUCACAGGUGCUAAAACCCAAACCGACCUCGGUACUCGGUCUCUGAGAGACGCACGCGCGUUAGUCUUAAAAGAAAUAUGAACGAAGAAGCCAUUUUGUAAGUGUUUAUAAAAAGUGAAGUAGAACGUUAGAAAAACUCGGUGUCAUUUUAGCUUUUUCCUGAUUUUUGGCGUCUUUGUUUUUGCACCAAAUACAAAUAUUUACUUCCUUUUAAUUUCUUUUAUCGUCAACUCCUGAAGCACAAGUUUGUCGGAACGUGUUCACAGUUCGUACGCAAUUUUUAUGCCGACGAUGUUCAGUCUUUCACUCGUUCACUAUGGGCUCGUCUCAGUUCCCUGAAUCGUGUGACUUUUCCGCGCGUCUGUCGGGAGGAUUUGCUCGUACGUUCUCGUUCCUCAGAGGACAAACUCUUCUGAUUUAACGCGUUAAAGUCGAGAGAUCGUCACUCGUUCGUUCACAACUUCAGUCAAGAUUAAAAAUAUCAAAACGACAAUUAAAAAACAUCGUCAUGACGUUUUGUUCGGAAAUUCACGUUCCUCAGAGGAUAAACCCUUUUGACUUUUGCGAUCCUUAAACCUUUUAAUUUUUUGUAGGUCGGUUCUUGUCUUCGGUCCAGAUUGAAAGUAGCAAAAAAAAGGCCUAUUGCUAAUUAUCGUCAUGACGUUCAGGUCGUAUAAUCGUGUUCCUCAGAGGGUGAACCCUUCUGACGGUGACGAUCCUUUCACUUUAUCGCACGUCUGUAGGUCGGCCCGUAACGAGAAAAAACAUCAACUACAAACAUGAAUAACUGGGAAGCAGUUUAGUUCUUACGUUCAUGUUCCUCAGAGGGUGAACCCCCUCGGUCUGUGACAAUCCUUGAUUCACAACUUAAGUUCAAUUUAAACGUACAAAUUGCGUCUGCGACGAUGUUGCGAUGAACGAUAACUCGACGGAACUGAGACGAUCUCUCACUCGUGAACGUGACUGAAACAUGACUGAUUUUUUUGUUAGCAUUUUUAAUCCCGCAGGCCUAAAAUGGCCGACCGCGCACUCUUCGGACUCGUCUACGUUUUGUUGACCCGAUCGCGGCGCUCGUGUUUGUACGCACUUCGUAGAGCAGGGUAACCUUCUUCACUACCACGGUAAUAAUUAUGAUUAUGAUGAUAUUUAUUCUCUGAAACGCGAUGCACGAUGGUACUGAUGAUAUAACUGCCAGCACUUACACAACUUGACCACGCCCCCUACCCCUCCCUCGUUUACCUGACAGCUACGUGCCAUCGUCUCAAACGUGUCCAGUGCCUUGAUGUCCAAUCACUUUUUUUUUAUUCGUCUUUCCUGAUGUUGUUGUUGUUGUUAAAUCCCAAUAAUAAUGAUUUUUUUUUUUUUAAUUCUGAAGCUCGGUGGUGCAGAUUUGUCCAGAUUAUCACAUUUUUACUGGAAACAAAAAAUCAAGAAAAUUCUCAGUUAUUACUAAAAUGGACGUCAGGGUAUUUUUGGACAGUAAUUAAAAAAUUUCUAAAAAGUUUCCAAAUUAAAAAAAACAAAUAAUUUUACAACAAAAAAGAGAAAAUAUCACAUAUAAUGUGUUUAAAAUCUGCAGGAAGAAAAGUGAAAAUUUAGGUUAAACAUUUUUUUGGAAUCAACUGGGCUUAAUGUGAAUUUUCCACUUUUCAGUUUUUCUGGAAAUACAUUUUUUUUCCCGACAGAAAAUUAACCAAACUAUUUUCAAAAAGUGUGGAAAUGAUGUUUUGUUAAUUUUCGGUGAACUUUCUUUAAAUUGUGAAUUUCUUUUUAAAAUAACAUUUGACAGUUUGUUCUGGACAAAUCUGGACAAAUAAAACUGUCUCACCACCACGAAAUACUUCAGAUGAAUUAAUAAUUUUGAGUGUUUAUGAUAGAGAUUUUUUUUUUUUACCUACUUUGAUGAUUUUUCUGAAUUUGUCUCAUUGUUUAAACAAAUCUUUAAUAAAAAGACCAAAAAGUAACUUUUCCCAAAAUGUUUUUUAGAUGUUUUCUUAUAACAAUCUUUAAUUUAAAAAAACCCGCAGAUUAGGAUUAAUUGAAGGAAAAUCUUUGCAUAGUUUAAGAUACCGUCACUUACAAAAAAUUUAAAUCAGGACAUUUUACUGAAUUUAAAGUAAGAAAAUAAAAAAAUAGCUAACUUUAUAUUCCACAAAAAAUUUUUAAUUAAUUUUCUUUAAAUUUUUUUUAAGACUAUUUUGAGCGUUGGAUGAAAGUAAAUCAAAGUUAUAAUAAGAUACAUUUCAUCAAAUGUUUAGUUUUUGGUCUUUUUACUGAGAGUUGUUAACGUUAAACGUAAAAUGAUAAUAAUAAUAAUAAUAAUAAUAAUAAUAACAAUAAUAACGGGCCUUUUAUUCUCUUAAGUUUGUGUGAAAGUGUGAGUUUGUGCUUCGGUACUGAACAGUUUCUUGGGUUUUUUGUACAUAAUGUCAACGUAAAAAAAUGAUGACAAAUUUAAUACCAACAAUGUUUUUGUUUUUUUUUGUGUUUGUAAAUGAAUGAAGUGAUCAGAGUGUAACGUGUGAUGGACGGACGCACAGACGUCGGUGUGUCCGUCUCUUCUGUCCUCGCUGCUGCUGCUGCUGAGACUGAAUCUGUCUGCCAGUAUUAUUUUUAGGAUCAAUAUUUUAAAUAAAUAUUCUGCCAGACGACGUGAGCGUCGCCAUCGUCACAGCAGUUCCUGAUGCAGUACGACAUGUCGAGCGCCGUCUGUCGGCUUCUCUCCUUUUGUUUUUAUAGAAAUUGUAUGAUAAUAAAAAAUCGGUUUGAA